AUGAUGUUGCAACUUGCAAAACAUCAUAACGCAAUGAUUUGCACCUUCACUAACCAGGAUCCUCGCAAGGGUAAUCGAGAUUGGACUUACGCAGAGCAUACAACAUUUGUUGAAUGCUUUGUAGCUUGGGAAGUUAUUCCAGUGGAAAGUUCUUGCACUUCGGAGUGCAAUUUUGAAAUGCCUCGCCGAACAGUACUGUUUCGAGGGAAUUCAUUUGUUUCUUUUUCAACAAUUUCAUCAGGAAACGAAAGUAGUGCUCAUGGAGAUGACAGUCUUGGACAGGCCGAUGAGCCUUUAACUUCUGAUGCCCUUGGAAGAUGGACAUCUUGGUUCAACAAAAAGCAGACGAAAAUGUUCCACGAAGCUUUUGUCAACGCUUAUAUAGACAUGCAACAAAAAUAUGCAGAGUUGGAGAGCCUCCAGCGUCGGAUAUUAUGUUUGCAAAGAGUAAUUGCUGAAAAAAAGGAAAUAAAUGUCCAGAAUUUAUCUUCGACGAAUAUUCCAGAGCAUACACAGGAAAAGAAAGGAUUUUUUCGAAAAAAACCGAAAUCUUCGUCCUCGGCCUCGUCCUCAGCUUCUUCUGGGUUUUUUACUCCCACUUUGGACGCUCGCAAUUCUGCUACUUCUCGGGAAAUGGUUUUGAAUUUCUCAUCUAUCCCAUAUAGUGCUUGCUCUGCCGCUUCGUCCCCAGCGUCGAAUAUCUCUUCUGCAAUUGAAGAGCAAGAGCUUUAUAAUGCGUCAAAUCAAAGUUUGGAAUCGCAGACUACCUUAUUGCAAGGUAAAGCUGCUCAAUUAGAGGAACAAGUAAACAUUUCACAAACCAGCAUGCAUAAACUUCUGAGAACCUACCCCAACAGUCCCGCGUUGGGGAAUGCGCCUGGGUGA